AUGGAGAGAGAAACCUCCGAGCCACCACCGCGGAGCCGCCCCCGUCCCGAAGCGGAUCCCGGCUAUCCUCCGCGCCACUGAAAGACCCCACCCGCUCCGCGCUCCCCUCUGGGGGGCGGGGAGAAGGAGAACGAGGCUUAGGUGGGCUGUUGAGCUGUCAGUCUGCAGCUGAACAGCAUGCAGUCCUUUCGGGAGCAGAGCAGUUACCACGGAAACCAGCAGAACUAUCCGCAGGAAGUGCAUGGUGCAUCUCGGCUAGAAGAAUUUAGCACCCGUCAGCAGGCUCAGAUGUUCCAAAGCUUUGGAGGGGGUGGCAGCAGCAGCAGCAGCAGCAGCAGUGGGCGCCGUGGAGCAGCAGUGAGCUCUGCAUCAAUGGCUGGUGAGAGCUCUGGACAUCAGAACUAUCAAGGUUUCAGAAAGGAAGCAGGUGAAUUCUACUAUAUGGCCUCCAGUAAGGAUCCUGUGUCAGCUGGAGGACAGCAACAUCCACAGCGUAGGCCUUCUGGGCCGGUGCAGAGUUAUGGACCACCCCAAGGUAGCAACUUUGGGAGUCAAUACGGAAGUGAGGGUCAUGUGAGUCAGUUUCAAACACAACACUCCUCCCUUAGUGGGGUGACUCACUACCAACAGGAUUAUACUGGUCCUUUCUCCCCUGGAAGUGCUCAGUACCAACAGCAGACUUCCAACCCGCAGCAGCAACAGGUGCAGCAGAUGAGACAACAGCUCUACCAAUCACAUCAGCCUUUAUCUCAGGCAUCCAACCAGUCUGCAUCCAGCACAUCUCAUUUGCAGUCAAUGCAGCGCCCUUCAGCCCUGCCUUCAUCUUCUGGUUAUCAGUUACGAGUUGGUCAGUAUAGCCAACACUAUCAGCCUCCUGCUUCUUCCUCGUCUUCAUUUUCUUCUCCUCAGCGUUUUGGCCAAACUGGGCAGAACUAUGACAGUAGUUACAGUGUGAAUGCUGGCUCACAGUAUGAAGGACAUCCUGUGGGUUCAAGUGCACAAGCUUAUGGGACUCAAUCAAAUUACAACUUUCAGACACAGCCAAUGAAGAACUUUGAGCAGUCAAAGUUGCCCCAAGGAGGUCAGCAGGCACAAGGACAGGCACAGGCACAGGCACAGCAACAGCCUUCCUCACAGCAUGUUAUGCAGUACUCAAAUACUGCUGCCAAGAUGUCUCUUCAAAGUCAAGUGGGGCAGUACAACCAAGCUGACGUCCCUGUGAGAUCACCCAUGCAAUUCCAUCAAAAUUUCAGUCCUAUAUCUAACCCUUCACCAGCUGCUUCUGUGGUCCAGUCUCCUAGCUGCAGCUCAACACCAUCUCCUCUUAUGCAAGGUGGAGAGAAUCUUCAAUGUGGACAAAGUAACAUACCUGUGGCCUCUAGAAACCGCAUUUUGCAGAUGAUGCCUCAACUUAGUCCAACACCAUCUAUGAUGCCAAGCCCCAAUGCUCAGGGUGGAGGAUUCAAGGGUUUUGGUCUUGAAGGAUUGCAGGAGAAGAGGCUUACAGAUCCAGGACUAAGCAGCCUAAGUGCCCUAAGUAGUCAAGUGGCUAAUCUUCCCAAUACAGUCCAGCACAUGUUACUCUCUGAUGCUUUGGCACCUCAAAAGAAGAGCUCCAAAAGAUCUUCAUCGUCUAAAAAAGCUGAUAGCUGCACAAACUCAGAAGGCUCCUCCCAGGCCGAAGAGCAACUCAAAUCUCCUUUAGCAGAGUCCAUUGACGGUGGGUGCUCCAGUAGUUCAGAGGAUCAAGGUGAGAGGGUGAGGCAGUUGAGUGGUCAAAGCACCAGUUCCGACACUACUUACAAAGGGGGUAACUUGGAGCGAUCCCACUCCUCACCGGCACAAGCAUCUCAAAAUGAGCCCACAAAGCUCAGCACCAGCCCUGCAGAUGAGGAAGAAGAGGCCUCCCCACCUGUUGAAAAAGAGACUUUGGUAGCUGUGGAGACCACUCCAAAGGUCAAUGAAAAGGCAGUUGGUGUGAUAGUCUCUCGGGAGGCUAUGACAGGAAGAGUAGAAAAGUCAAGCAGUCAGGAUAAAUCUCAACAAGAUGAUGUUCCUACAGGUGCUCAAGCACUUCCUUCUGCCAGUGGGGUAAAAGAGCCAGGUCAUAUGGGGCCACAGCAAGAGCCACAAGGAGGGAGUAAAGGGAACAAGAGUGGGGACAGCAGCACGAACCACAAUGGAGAUGGGAAUAGCCAACCUGGCCAUGCUGUCAUUGGCUCUGGGUUUUCUGGCAGAACAGAGCCUUCUAAAUCCCCUGGCAGUUUAAGGUAUAGUUACAAAGACAGUAUAGGGGUUAGUGUGCAGAGAAAUACUGGCAACUUCCCUCAGUAUCCUUUAGGGCAGGAUAAAGGGGAUUUUCCAGGGCAUAGUGAACGAAAGGGACGGAGUGAAAAAUUUCCCAGUCUGUUGCAGGAAGUCUUGCAGGGAUAUCACCAUCACCCUGACAGAAGAUAUUCUAGAAAUGCACAGGAUCAUCAUGGAAUAACUGGAAGUCUUGAAGGUACUAUGCGACCAAAUGUUCUGAUUAGUCAAGCCAAUGAAUUAAGCAAUAGAGGUCUUUUAAACAAAAGCAUAGGAUCCCUCUUGGAAAAUCCACACUGGGGCCCCUGGGAUAGAAAGUCAAGUGGCACAGUUUCUGAGAUGAAACAGAUAAAUCUGGCUGAUUAUUCUGUGCCUAGAAAGUUUGAGAUGGAAUCCCAGUCUUCAGCUCAUGAAGGAGGAGGUCUUUCUGAGAGACGAUCAGUUAUUUGUGAUAUAUCUCCUCUGAGGCAAAUUGCCAGAGAUCCAGGGCCUCAUUCUGUUGGGCACAUGAGUGCUGAUGGCAGGAGUGGAAGGAGUGACCGUCUAACUCCUGGUUUAGGUCAGUCAGUUAUACUGCCUGGUGGCCUAGUGUCCAUGGAAACUAAGCUGAAGACUCACAGUGGGCAGAUCAAAGAAGAGGAAUUUGAACAGUCCAAGACCCCUGCCAGCAUGAACAAUAAAAAAUCAGGAGACCACUGUCAUCUUGCCAGUUUUAAGCAUGAGUCUUACCGAGGGAAUGCUAGCCCUGGAGCUGCAGCUCUUGAUUCUGCAUCAGACUACAUGUUGCAACAGGAUAGCCGAUCGGCACAACUGAGGCGAGGACCUGGCAGAAUGGGAAGUAGCCGGGAGGGAAUGAGGGGUAAAUCUCCAUCUCAAUUCCAUGAUCUGGCAGACAAACUGAAGAUGUCACCAGGUAGAAGCAGAGGGCCAGGGACAGAUCUUCACCAUCUGAAUCCUCACAUGGUACUCUCUGACAGGGUCAAUCGGAGUUCCUUGCACUCUCCUUUCCCCCCCAAUUCUGAAAGCUCAUCUUUGGCUUCAGCAUAUCACACUAACACUCGCCCUCAUGCUUUUGGUGAUCCUACCCAAGUGCUGAAUUCUCAGUACCACUACAAAAGGCAGCUAUACCAACAACAGCAAGAAGAAUACAAAGACUGGAGUAGCACCUCUGCCCAGGGGGUGAUUGCAGCAGCUCAGCAUAGGCAGGAAUCAGCAAGAAAGAGCCCAAGGCAGCAGCAGUUCAUGGACAAAGUAAGGAGUCCUUUAAAAAAUGACAAAGAUGGAAUGAUGUAUCUCCAUUCUGGUUCCUACCAUGAUGCAGGAAGCCAAGAAGCUGGCCGUUGUUUGUUGGGAAAUGAUGGCACUCUUCAGAAUAAGUGUGCUGAAAUGAAGCAUAUGAACCAGAAGAUUCCGCAACAUGAAUCUGGUUGGGAUCUCUCUCGGCAGGUGUCUUCAGGUAAAAACAGUGGAUCUUUAGGGGCAGCCAGUCAGAAGAGAUUUGGUCCUCAAGAUGGUGAUACGCAUAGACGUGAUGAUGCUGGAGAUGUACUUAAAUCUGGUAAUGCCAUGGUAAGGAUCCCUGGCCAAGAAGAUCAGUCUCCUCAAAAUCCUUUAAUCAUGCGGAGGAGAGUCCGCUCUUUCAUUUCACCUAUUCCAAGUAAGAGGCAGUUGCAGGAGAUGAAGAAUAGUGGCACUGACGACAAAGGGCGCCUGCUUUCAUCAUCAAAGGAUGGCACUGACAGAGCAUUCAACUCCUACGUCCACUCAUCCCAGAACCAGGAUGCUGGCAAGUCACUCCAAAAAGGAGAAUCUUCUAGGAACCUUUCAGGUCCUGAUAACAGAAAUUGCUCUGCUGUUUCCCUCACAAGCCCAGCUAAAACAAAAAUCCUGCCUCCACGGAAAGGACGUGGAUUAAAAUUGGAAGCUAUUGUUCAAAAAAUCACAUCUCCCAAUGUUCGGAGAAGUGCUUCUUCAAACUGUGCUGAAACUGGUGCAGAUGCGGUCACCCUUGAUGACAUUCUGUCCCUGAAAAGUGGUCCUCCUGAAGGUGGGAAUGUUGCUAGUCAUGGGAUGGAGGCAGAAAACAUAAAAGAAGAAAUUGUGUUAGAUCAAGAGAGCCAAGAACUGACCGGUGAAGUGACAGUAUCUUCUGAAGAGUGGCAUGGUGAUGGACAUGAGUUAGUGAAAAAGGAGUCCUUGGAACUUGCUACUGUUGGCAAAGAGGGCUGCAUAUCUACUGUGGUCCCAACACCAUCACAAAAAUCUGUUGGUCAAGGAAGAACAGAUGGAUCCCUAACUGGAACAGGAUCUUUGAGCUUUUCUGAAUCAAAAACAGUAUCCCCAUCCAGUGUCUUGACUCCUGAACUAAAUCCAAAGAUUGAAGAGAAAGAUGGUGAUGCAGUUAUUAUGACACCCAAACCAGAUCCCUUCCCCCCAAAAGGGUAUUUUCCUUCUGGUAAGAAGAAGGGGAGGCCUAUUGGUAGCGUGAAUAAGCAGAAAAAACAGCAGCAACAGCCACUUUUAUCAGUACCAGUAACACCUCAGCCAUUGGAGGCAGCAGAAGAUGGAGAACCGAAGCCUAAGAGACAGCGGAGGGAGAGGAGAAAAACCACAACACAGCCACGGAAACGGAAACCAAGACGAGCUGCUCCGAUUGUGGAACCUCAGGAACCAGAAAUCAAACUGAAAUAUGCCACCCAGUCUGUUGAUAAGACUGAUACCAAGAAUAAGUCCUUUUUCCCCUAUAUUCAUGUUGUAAACAAAUGUGAGAUAGGUGCUGUGUGCACAAUAAUUAAUGCAGAGGAAGAGGAGCAGAAUAAACUGGUGAGGGGCCGAAAAGGACAGAGGUCAUCAACACCUCCUCCCAGCAAUGUUGAGAGCAAAGUGUUGCCUACAUCCUCUUUCAUGCUACAGGGUCCUGUUGUCACAGAAUCUUCUGUUAUGGGCCACCUGGUCUGCUGCCUGUGUGGCAAGUGGGCCAGCUAUCGCAACAUGGGUGACCUCUUUGGACCUUUCUAUCCCCAGGAUUAUGCAGCCACGCUGCCCAAAAACCCCCCUCCCAAGAGGUCCACAGAAAUGCAGAAUAAGGUCAAGGUCCGGCAUAAAAGUGCUUCUAAUGGUUCCAAGACAGAUACCGAGGAAGAUGAGGAAGAGCAGCAGCAGCAAAAGGAGCAAAGAAGCCUGUCCGCCCAUCCUCGCUUCAAGAGACGGCAUCGCUCUGAGGACUGUGCCGGGGCCUCUCGGUCCCUUUCGAGAGGUGCUGCUUGUAAAAAAGCAACCACUGAGGGUGGCAGUGUUGGUGAAAAAACUCCUUCAGACUCUAAACCCCCCAUGUCCAUUUCUGAAGGUGGCCCUGAAUUGGAGUUACAAAUUCCUGAACUACCUCUUGACAGCAAUGAAUUUUGGGUCCAUGAGGGCUGUAUUCUCUGGGCCAAUGGGAUUUACCUGGUCUGUGGCAGGCUCUAUGGGCUGCAGGAAGCUGUGGAAAUAGCUAAGGAGAUGAAAUGUUCUCAUUGCCAGGAGGCAGGAGCCACUUUAGGCUGCUACAACAAAGGUUGCUCCUUCCGAUACCAUUAUCCGUGUGCCAUUGAUGCAGAUUGUUUACUAAACGAAGAGAAUUUCUCAGUGAGGUGCCCCAAGCACAAGCCCCUCCUCCCUUGCUUCCUCCCCUCCUUGCAGAACAAGAUGAUGAAAGGCAGCCUCAGCACAGAGCAGUCGGAGCGGGGGUGAGGGGGGAAGUGUAUUCGUGGGAAUGAAAAUAAAAACAAGCACAGGUUAGGCUGUUGAGAUAAGAAAGCGGCAGACAUUCAAGACUGAAUGGAUUCUUUCCCACUGUGCAGUCAUGCCCCCCUCUUGACGUGCCUGCCAAUGCCAGCACUUCCUUCAUCAACUCUUUCAUCACACUUGACCAACAACAUCACUGAAUAUGAUCAAGGAGUCUGAACCAGCUGUUUUCAUGGACACAAUCUCCAUAGUGACUAUGGGAAGGGGAGGGAAAAGAAAAAGAAGUGGGGAAUUAACGAGGGUGGGA